AUGGCUCUCUGGCUGGAGUUGAUCCCGAAUCUGCAGCGAACCUCCCACAACUCCGACCACUGCUCCUACCACCAACUCGACCACACCGACAACGCUUCCUUCUUCGAUGGGGCACUUACCCCCCUUCUAUGCCCUCCGCCCCAUCGUCACUAUGGGGACCAGAGAAUCAGAGAUGGCGCGGAUGAGUAUGCGUUCGAUACGGUUUCGAAGCGUGAAUACCGAUUGAUGAUGACGGCGAAACCUUUCAAUGACAUGAACAAUCGAGCCGAAUCCAAGCAAGAAAGAACUUCACCAAACAAACAUUCCAACUCAGAAAAAAGUAAAAUUAAAAAUGUGAAUAAAAACAACAACAACAACAAAGCGCAUUCUAUUUUCAGUAGCAUUACAACAUCAUUCCAACUGACCAACAAACACUCAAACAACAACAAGCACUCAAACAACAACAAACACGCAAACUACAACGCCAACCACUACAUCAUUGCCAACGACAACAACGACGACGACGAUGAAGACGUUGACGACGUUGACGACGACGACGACGACUUCUAUGACGACAGCAGCGACCACGCGGCACCAGUUCAACCACCACAAAACAUCAACAACAGCAACCAACAACGACACCACAACUUGCCUCUUGUCGUUGUUGUUGGCGUCGGUUGCGUGUUGUUGUCGGGUAAUAUUUUUCUAUUUAUCGCCGUCUACUGUCAAAAAAAGAAAAAAUCUCGAAGAAAAAACGUGAGCUGUGACGGCGACAUCUUUGGCCACUCAGUCAAUAAUUAUUCCUACUUCCAGCCAUCGAGUUCCCAACUACAAGAUGACUUGUUGAACAACAACAACAACAACAAAAACAAUAACGGCAACAAAAGUAACAACAACAACAAUAAUAACAAAAACAACAACAAUAAAAACACCAACAACAACAACAAAGUUUUGACGAGCGAUAAUUUAUACAACUGCAAAAAGGAGCAUCACUCGUCGAGGCUUGUGACAACGACAAAUAUUGACGAGGAUGAAGAUGAAAACGGGUUCAAUAAUGACGUUUGUGAAGAUGUCGAAAGCAAAAGAGACGAUGUCGACAAUCUGCAACACCAGAUACAACAACUGCAACAACAACAACAGCAGCAGCAACAAAAACAUCAUCACUGCUCUCAGCAACAACUGUCUCACUCUUCUCAAGGCAACUCGACAACAAUCACCACACUUCCGUCCAAAAGGUAUUCUCUCAUUGGCUGCUGCGACAACGUACAACAAUACAGCAAAAACAACAACCAAGCUUAUUUCACCAUCAGCAGUUGCGUGAACAGCAGUAUUAAAGUAAACAACAACAACAACAACAGUAUUGAAGCACCAUUCCCACAUAACAACAACAACAAACAGUUCAGCUGUAAAGUAAGCGAAUAUUUUCAUCACUCACUAUCAUCAUUGUCUGCGGCGCAAUCUGCAUCGGGUUCCCCUGUGAUACAACAACAUCAGCAACAACAUCAACAACAGCAACAUCAACAACAGCAACAUCAACAACAGCAACAUCAACAACAUAUGUACAAAAACAAACCAAAACCUCGCUACUUCAAGCCACACUGCAGUCAACAGCAGCAGCAACAAUUCGCAACAUCAUCAAGCAUCGCAACAACUUUCUCCACAAGGCCCAACGACCAGCCUAUCAUGUCAACACUUGAUACAAACUUAACACUGUUGAACGACAACGACUGCAGCCACAACCUCAGCAAUACAUUGGCGUCGUCGGCUGCAACAACAAAAACGAACUUCAACAGUGGCAGAAGCCGAAUCACGGAAACGGAAAUAGAUGGUGACAUUUUGCUUGACAACAAUUUUAACAAAAAAAAUUUUAGCAACAACAGUUUUAAUGAAACCAACGCCAACAAAGUUGAGUUAAAAAACUCAUCGAACGACUUGAAUGUUGACGAUGGCGACGAGGACGGCGAUAUUAUAGAAAUAAACUUGACGACGAACUCAAAUGCUAACAGUUGUUUCAGCGAUUUAACUUCACUAAACUUAAAAAGGGCUGAUGUAAAUAUCGACAACAACAACGACAAUGAUAAUUUAACCUCUCGUUGCCAACAACAACAACAACCUCAAAAUUUAUUACAAACAUUUCAACACCAACAGCCACACCCGUCAUCUUUCAACAGCAUUCAGCAGCAAUCACCGCAGCACCAGCAGCGGCUACAACAGCCACACCAACAACCACAACAAUCAAAAUCAUCCUCACACAGACCAACGGUCUCUUUUGUAAUAGAUUAG